AGCGACUGGAAAAAGAACGCGAAGAGCGACGCAAGGAACGUGAGGAAAAGCUGCGCGAGCAGAAGAUGGCUCGAGAAGCUGCCAAAUUGGCUCGAGUUCACGAACGUCAGACUUUAGCAGAGGCUCGUCGCCAGUCUACUUUAUCAUUGAAUACUGCUACAGCGCCUACUGCGGGAGUUUACAAGCCACCUGGACGUCUGGCAAUCUUUCAACCAGGUAGCCUAGCGCUUAGGUUAUCACAGGCUCACACGAGCUAUAGCAACUCAACCAAGCCUGGCUUGACCGAAGACCAAAUACCAGACGGUGGAGAGGAAGAGGAACAAGAUGAAGGCGAUGGAAACUAUGAUGAGGAAGCAUCGAAGGACAACCGCAAUAAACCAGUCACUUUUUCUUUCGGUAGCAAGCAGGCUGCUUUGGCCAACCCAACUCAGGCUGCUACAUCACCAGCCUCAGACAACCAUACCUGGUCCUCUGGGCUUGAGGCACAGCAACUCCAUAUAACGCAGCAACAACAGUCGCAGCAACGAAUCAUAAUUCUUCGUCGUCCUGUAUAUGCA